GGAAGUGCUGUUUUGGUCCUUGUGCCUGUUGGCCGUGAUCCAAUGUAUUGCUGGGAUGCUUUUAGCGCAAUCUGUUCAAAGCUUUCUCCUCGACGAAAGCAAUGACGCAGAAGCGCGGCAAGCUGUCUUUCGCUACUUCGGCACAUUCACAGCGACUUUGCUUACAAUGUUUGAGGUUUUAAUGGCAAAUUGGGCUCCGCCUUGUCGAGUUUUGGUGGACUGCGUCAGCGAGUGGUACUCAUUUGGGUUCAUUGUCUACCGCUGCUUGGUGGGAUUUGCCGUCCUGAACGUGGUGUCUGCUGUCUUCUUGCAGCAAACUAUGAAGGUGGCAGCCGCAGAUCAGGAAGUGGCCCUGCACCAGCGCGAGAUGGCGGCAGAGGCGUACACGAAAAAGCUGGAAGCCUUUUUCAAAAAGCUGGACAAAUCUGGCGACGGCGUGCUAACUUGGAAGGAGUUUGGCGCUGUCCUGAACAGCCCCAGGCUGCAAAACUGGCUAGCGACCUUGGAGCUGGAAAGCAAUGACUUGGUUAAUUUGUUUAACAUGAUUGAUGACGGCGACGGCGAGAUCUCUUUGGAAGAUUUUUUACAUGGCGCAAGGCAUCUCCGCGGCCCUGCCAGCAGCAUAGCCCUGGCAGAAGUCAUGGCUACAGCUCGGCGGACAGAAGCCAAAGCAGAGGCAUUGCUAAUGAUGCUUCCAAACAUGUCCGGGGUCGGCGUACAAGAUCUGAAGAAGAGAGCCCGUAGGAUGAAGAGCCCAGCGGCGGCUGCAGGACGGGGGGGCCCCGUGCCAGCACGCCCGCACCAAGAACUUGGCAGGGUUUAACGCAAAUUUUCACCGCGUGCGGUGCCAAAACUGCCAGAUAUGUCUUGUAGCCCGGCUUGGUACCUUUAAUUAACCAAACCACAUCACAGCAAGAACGCCAGUUGUAAUGCAUGCGCGACGUGUCCUGGUAGCGAGAAGGGCGUUGAAAACGUUCCCUUCAUCCUGUUUGCGUUGCGGCACAGACCAGCACCAUUUCCAGAGCAUGGCAGGCGCCGGCAACCCGACCCAACUUGAUUUUGCUGUUGCUUCUGGUAUUUUGCAUGCAUGCGGGUGAGGAUUCUCAUAUUUUGGAUGCCUCGCUGGAAUACUGUGCUUGGGUAGUUCGCAUGCCGUGCCGCAUCCCAGGCGCAGCCGGCUUUAAGUUGGCCUGCGCCUUUCUGACCGUCAGAAGGGCUGUGAGCACGCAGGGAAA